AUGGACACCCUACUCACUGCAGAGAUCGUGGCCAACUCGCCCCAGUUUCGGCGAAAGUCAUCAAUUUUUGUCGAUGCAAUUCAUGAUUUACCUGAAAAGGCUGAUCUAGCCCCGGCACAGCUGUACAGCACGGAAUCCGGUCGGCUUUUCCACUCGGGCCGGAUCGUCAUCAUCACCGUGGGCUUACCCGCCAGAGGCAAGACGCUUGGAGUUAAAACGAGAAUCUUUCAUUUGGGCGACUACCGCCGUGCUACGAUUCCAUUUGGAGAGGAUAUGCCCGAUGAUUACUUUUACGUGAACGCAACCGCUUCGUCUGUUCUUCUCCGCCAAAAGAUUGUCAGAAAGUGCCGAGAAGAUAUCUAUCAUUUCUUGAACCACGAGAAUGGUCAGAUUGCGAUUUACGACUCCGUCAAUCCAUUAGCCUCGGGGCGGCGGUCACUUGCCAAAGAGUUUGCCAAACAUGAUAUCGAGACAUUGUUCAUUGAGUCUUGGUGCGAUGAUGAACGAAUCAUCGAGGAGAACGUCCGCCGGGUUAAGAUUUCUUCUCCAGAUUAUGUUUCGUGGAGUCCAGAGGAUGCGGUGAAGCACUAUCUUACUAGAAUCUCCUCCCGGAUCCCCCAGUUCCAGACCAUGGAAGAAAAGGAUUUGAACUACAUCAAAAUGAUCAAUGCCGGAGAAAGAUUGAUAGUGAACAACCGCAGCUUUGGGUACCUUUCUAACCGCAUCGUAUUUUACCUGCUGAACCUUCACAUCAAGUCUAGACGCACAUAUUUUGCACGGGCUGGCGUAUCAGUAGAAGCUGACUCCUACAAGGCCGACGCUUCUCUUUCGGAACAAGGGGAGGAUUAUGCCCAGAAAAUGACUGAAUGCUUGCUUGCUCAUCGCGAGGCCGAGAAUCGGACAACCCAAGGCGAGAAUGGGGGCGAACCGCGUCCUCUGAAGGUUUGGACCUCAACAAGACGCCGUACUGUGGAGACCGCGAGAUAUCUCCACGAGAAAGGAUACAAAGUCCGCCAGCGGUCUCAAAUGAGCCAAUUAAACCCGGGAGUCUGCGAAAAAAUGUCAGAACGGCGCAUCCGAGCGGAAUAUGCAGACGAGGUCUCAAAGCAUGAGCUGGAUCCUUACCAUCACCGCUAUCCUCGCGCCGAGCAGUCUUACCAUGACCUUGCUGUCCGCCUGGAGCCAAUCAUUCUUGAACUAGAGCGAGAGCAAAACGAUCUUCUAAUCAUUGCCCACGAAAGUGUUUUGAGAGUCUUAUACGGGUACCUCAUGGCUUGCAACGCCGCCGAUAUUCCUUUCCUAGAAUUCCCCCGUGACGAAAUUAUUGAGAUCAUCCCGGAGAGCUACCAAAACGAGGCGCAAAGAAUCCAUAUCCCCGACCUUCCUGAAGAAAUUAUUCCGGCUUCUCCAGAGGAUCUGAAGAUUCCAGUGCCCCCCAGCGGGGUUGUCUCUCCAAUGCAAGGAUUGGGAAGCCCACAGGAUGGUCUGGCAACUCCCCAAAGCGGAUAUCGGACCCCAAGUGGGAUUCGCACUCCCCGCGAGCCUGAAAGGCUCUCCCAGCAACAUGUUGAAGAUGUUGUUUAG